AUGCUCUUCACUUCCACUUUCGCUCUCCUUCUCACCGCCAUAAUCAACCUCAGCGCAGCCCAGGAGGACUGCAGUCGCAACUACACCAUUGUCGCCGGAGACACCUGUGAUAGAAUUUGCCAAUCGCAGGGUGUUUCCAACUACCAGCUCGGACGUGUGAAUCCCCAGAUCGAUGCAAACUGUGACAAUUUGGUCCCGGGUCAGGUCAUCUGUUUGGGGAUCAUUGGCCAAGACUGUACUGAAACCCAUACUGUCACUGGUGGAGAGACUUGCAUUAGCAUUACCGGCGACGCGGGCAUUGGACUUGAUGUUUUUAUGUGCAACAACCCGAACAUUGACGCCAACUGCGAUAAUCUUGAUAUUGACAAUGUUGUGUGUGUUGCUGCUGAUACCAUUUAUCCUGACACAUGCCCCUCGGAUGAACCAGCAUUGUUUGUACAAUAA